ACUUUAUUUUGGACCAAUGACUGACCACGACGCCUUUUGGUGCUGUACGCGAUUAUUAACGCGGGAAAUGUAUUAAUCACCUAAUGUGUUUCUCAAAUCAGUUGUUUUUAACAUAUAAAUUUGAUUAUGGAUCAUUUGAACAAACUUCUUAGUGCUUUAGACGAUGAGGAAAAGAAUAAACUCGAUUCUCUCAAAGAACUUGAAACAUUUUUAUCUAGUCAAAAAACUGACGACCUUUUUGGCAACGUCUCUGCUUUGACUCAAGUAAUACUACCGUAUACUACGUCAAAAAAUAGUUUUGAAAGGGUUCAAGCUUAUAAGAUAUUCGAAAAAUGUACUCUACAUUGGAAGAAUGAUCUAGAGAAAUCAUCCAAAGAGUUUUUCCGAUUACUUAUACAACAUAAUUGUAAUUAUGAGAAAUUUAAUUCUGAAGAUUUACGCAAAACAUUCUGUUCCGAUGAUUUAACCUUCGUGAAAAAUGUUAUAUGUUUUUUGGGGAGGAGAGCUAUCAGUGAUAAUGAAAUGGGUGUUAUAAAUAACCUUCUAAAAGUCGUAACUUUCGGGCUAAAAGGUUCUGUAAAUAAUUGUUUGAAAGCCUACGAUUGCGUUGACGCCCUAUUCGAGGUAGUUUGUUCUGAUAGAGAACGUUUGCAUAGAACAAGAUUUAAAAAACUAGCCAAAGCUGCAUAUGGUAAAACUCAUCAUACAGAAAGCUUAAUAUCAAGAAAGAUCUAUUCCUGGUGGAAAUUUAUAAUUGCGCAAGAAUAUUCUGACGAUAGCACUUCUGAUAUGAUCGACGCUUACUACGAGCAUUGCAAAGAGAUUAUUAGCUCCAAUUAUGCCGAAAACACUUCUUUAGAAUUAACAGAAACGCUCUUUAAUAAUACUGCCGUUAUAUUUUGCUUACUAUUUGUUAAGGAACCCAAUGAAUUUAAAACAUACAUACCGAAUUCUUUUACAAAAGGUUUACCUAAUAUUCAACUUUUAUAUUCACGAAUUACACUUACCAAACUACUGGAUUGUAUUAAAGCCGUAUUUAAUAUAUUCAAAACUUCACCAAACUUGUUUUCGGAAAAUGCCAAGAUAUUUCUCUUAGAAACAUGUUUAUCUUAUAUGAGAGGAAAAGUAGUACCUAAUGUUGAUUGUAUGAAAAGUCUAUUUGACGGCAUAAAAUGUUUAUUAGAAGAUAAGAUACUAAGCAGGAAUGCUAUACCAAAAUUUCUAAAGUCUAUCUCUGAAUUGGACAAGACGUUUCUUUGUCAAAGUCAUAUUCAUUUCGAUAAGGAUAAAAAGGAGUCGUCCGUAUUUUAUUGUCUAAAAUGGAUAAUAGAAUUAUUAGAAGAGAAGACAAUGGAUAAGAAUCUUAAUUGUGAAUUGGCACAAUUAUUUAAAUCAUACUUAUCAAUUUUACCAGAAGGAGAAUAUAUAUCGUUAAAUAAUUUUAACGAACUCGUUAAAACUAUAGAAAGAAUUGAGAAAAGAGAAGAAAAUACGAUCUGGUUGAUGGAAAUAUGGGAGAUGAUUGUUUACGAAUUAAACGAAUGUAUAAUGCUGACCCAAGAGGUCAAUCAGGGUAACGUUGUUAAGCACGAUUUCUCUUGUUUAAUUGAUACUUUGAUGAUACCAUUUGAAUUUCAUCUUUCAUUCUCUUUGGAAAAGUGGCGUAAUCUAUUCAAAACGUUUAAUAGACUAGCGUCAAUGGUUGAGAAUGUAUCUUCAAAUCAAUCGAUCUACGAAUUAACCGAUAAUUUAUGCAAAUUAGAAUUAAAACCGAAAGAUUAUGAACAAUUUUUAAAAGUUUUUACAAUCCUACUCGAAACAAUCGACUAUUGCGAAGAUUCAACAACUGCAUCACUCUUUGGAAGUCCUCGUCCUUCAACUGCAAUUAAUCAUUCGAUAUUAUCUAUUAUUUCGAAACUUUUUUUAUAUAUUGAAAAGAAUUUAUAUUAUAAAUGGAAAGAAGAUAAACUAUUUAAACUAUUAGCCGAAUGUUUCAUGGUUUUCUUCAAAGCAAUGCCUAAAGCGUCUAUAUUUCAGAAUGCCUUUCAAAUAUUCCAAAAAUAUUUUAUUGCAUGUUAUGAAAAUUGUUCGGAGAAGAAUUUACAAGAACUACAUCAAGCGUUUAUAAGUUAUUUAAAAGACUAUAAAGCUCCCUACGACUCGGAAUUGUUAUCGGAUUUAAGUGAAUUAUUUGUUAAAGCAUUUGAUAAAUCAUAUUUAGUAAAAUCAACAACAACACUAUGGAAUGAAACGUUUUCUAAAUCGAAUCAUUUAGUUUAUCCCAACACUCUCAAGGAAUAUUUUAAAAAUGCUUCUUUAAAAUUGAUUUUACCUAAUUGGCAUCAACAGACUGUUGUAAUGGAAGAAUUAGGAUCAAGGGAAAUACAUUUAGAAUCUCAAGUUGAUCUUCCAAGUAUUCCUGGUAUUCUUUCACCAAAGAAAAAAACUCCUACUCUAUCACUUGAAAAAUCAUCAAUUAAUCUAAUGUCAUCUCCAAAAAUCUCUCAAAAGAGUACAAAAGUCUCAAAUCCUAAUCCUACGUCGCUAAAUGAUAUGAAUUCCAAUAGUUUCAUAAAAAUCGAUUCACCACCUAAAGGUAAGAGGAUUUUAACUCAACAUCAAAAGGAAAUUUUAAAGGAACAGAGAAAUAACAACAUUUAUGGAGACACGCAAGACAUUGUGACAAACGAUACUCAAAUGUCACAAUUAAGCACGGAAACUCCUGUAAUGGAAUUGACGCCUUUACCAUUUUCUAAUAUUGGCGUUAGUUCUGCUGGGCCGAAGGAUAAGACAGAGUUUAGGAAAGAGGAAGUGAUUAAAGAUACGAAUGACACGGUUGAGAAAGAUGUAGAAGAUGAACAUAUGGAGAUUGAGAAAAAAGAUGAAUCGCAGAUAGUGAGUGAAAAUAGCGAAGAGGUCGAAGUCAUCGAAGAGGACGUCGUUACGGAUAUAUCGAGUAAACUAUCGAAUUCCUCUCCGACGAAAAGUAACGACUUAAGAAGCCGGAAACAAUCGUUCGAUGAAAAUGUAUCCGCUGACGGGAAAAUCGAUAAGUGCGCCGAAGUGGUUAAAGAACGUUCCAAUGUUCUUAGGUCGCCGAAUAUUAUGCAAAACGACGAAAAUAGAAGAAAAUCAAAUAGAGGUCGAAAGCGAAAAUUAAGUCUCGAUGCCAAUAUUGUAAAACAGAAGGAAGACAAAAUCGUACGCAAACGCCGAAUGACAAGAAAGAGUUCAUCGGAAAUACUUUCACAUAGCGAACCUAAAUUGUCUUCAUCUUUUACCGAUAAAAGAAAGAGGUCGAAAAGAGCAAGAACAAAAUUGGAUUUUAGCGGUAAUUCAAAGGAGAGUAGUUCUCCAUUUUUUGUUGAGGAAACUGAGGAUUCAGUUGCUGAGAACGAUACGUCAGUUGAGAAGAAAGAUGACGGCGUUCAAAUUGUUGAAGAUACUAUAGAUAGGGUCAUAACCGAAAAAUUAUUAGAAUCAAAGAAAUUAGUUAUCGAAUGUCAAGAUGAAUUAAAGGAAGCACAAUUUAAAAUCAAUAAAGCUCAAAGUCUUGUAGAUGAAGUUCCGAAUACGCCUAAGAACUUAAAAUGUACUAAAUUUCCUUUAGUAGCUCCGGACCCAAUAAAUAGUCCAUCACUGAAAGGUAAAACCGCCUUACAAGAAGUGGAAAAGGAAAAAAAUUCGGAAAAAGAUGAUUUGGACGAAGUAUCAAACGCUUCUGCUUCUAAAGCGAAUAAGAUUGAUUGCCAAAUUAAAAUGUUGCCAGUUAUAUCCGGAAGACAAAAACCUUUAACCGAAAGUCCAAUAAAGGCUAGAACUCAAUCUAACGAGUUGAAAAGAUUAGUUUUCUCUUCGCCCGUUCUCAAGAAAUUUGAAAGAACGAAACAGAUCAAUAGCUCUCCAACUUCUACCUCUGAUAUUAAUAUUGCUAUCACGUCUAAAGUAUCUCCAGGUAUCUUAAAACGAAAACCGUCAGUAAGCGUUGAGCCAUCACCAAAGCGUCGUCAUGUUCACUUUAACGAAACUAUAUCAACAAAAGACGCUAACGGAAGGGAAUGUAAUAGUCCUAUGAAUUUAUCAACUCAGAAUAGCGUUCCUGAACUAUCUCAGGCUUCCAAUUCUUCAUCAAUCGAUUCCGAAUCAUUAUCUCAAUUAAACCAAACCGAUCCGAUUUGUGGCGAUUUAAUCGAUUGUAACGAAGAUAUUGGUGAGAUAUUAUCCGCUGUUUGUACAUCGACAAACGCAAAAUUGGUAGUAAAUAACUGGAAGAAGGUUCAUGGAAUAAAGACAGUUGGAGAUUUAUCAAAGAAAAGCCAAAUAGAAGUAAAGAAUCUUAGUGGUAUUGCCGAACCUAAAGUGAAGCGUGUAAAGGAACAAUUGCAAAUUUUUAAGCAACAAUACGAGCGAAAACGGCAGAAAUUGAAAGAGAGAGAAACAAGAAUAUUAGCUCCCCUUGACAUGGAAGAUAGUCAAGACGCUGUUGCGCUGGAAUCAUCACCUAUAGCUAACAUAGAGAAUAUAGCUCAACAAGUUGAAAGAGUUAGAGAAGAAAUCCAUAGUAGAUUAGGUCAGUUCAGCCUCGAGCAGAGAUUGCAAGCGGCUGCUAGAUUACAGAAGGCGCAGCAAAGCUUAUCAGAACUUCAAAGUUGUUUGUUGCAGAAUUUAGUUGAGGAAAGUCGUAAGUAGUUUAGUGUUGUUUGCAUAAGAAAAAAAAUUCGUGUUUUGUAAUAUGCAUAACAAAUUUGGCGACGUAGGAGAAAACAGUUAUUAUAUCGUGGGAGCAGUCUGUUUUAACAGUAAAGGAAUAAAACUAUUUCGUUUAUGUAC